CACAGCGACGUGGUCACUCUAGCAGCCCGUCAUUACAUCUCUCACCAUAUCCACAUUCUCAUGCACAAAAUAUCUAUCUCUUUACUACUCACUCACUCAUUCAAUCCUUUAAAACGAUUCAUGUCAAACUGAGAAACUAAAUGAAGUAGGUUUUCAUUUCUACUUCAUCACCAUCAUCAAGAGAGUUGAGAAGAUUUUCUUUUUCAGUUUAAGAAAAAAUUUCAAGAAGAGGAUUAAGCAUUAAUGGCUCAAACCACAAUGUUCAUGUCUGGUGUUUCUACGAAACAUGUGGUGAAUUUGAAGAGAGACCCUUUACUCCAAUUUCAAGUUGAGAGACUAAGGCCUAAACCCUUGUCUCCUAUCUUCUACAAUCCCCUUCCUUCCUGCUCUGCUUCCUCCUCUAAAACAUUCACUACAGUUGCUCUCUUCAGGUCAAAAACCAAGGCCCCUGUUAAGAAGGUUGCUGAACCAAAGCCCAAGGUUGAAGAUGGUAUUUUUGGGACCUCUGGUGGAAUCGGUUUCACUAAGCAGAAUGAGCUGUUUGUGGGACGUGUUGCUAUGCUUGGUUUUGCUGCAUCCUUGUUGGGUGAAGCAAUAACAGGGAAAGGAAUAUUAUCACAGUUGAAUUUAGAGACAGGAAUACCAAUUUAUGAAGCAGAGCCACUUCUUCUUUUCUUCAUCCUCUUCACUCUGCUUGGAGCCAUUGGAGCAUUGGGCGAUCGUGGCAAAUUUGUCGACGACCCACCGACUGGUCUUGAAGGGGCAGUCAUCCCUCCUGGAAAAAGUUUCAGGUCAGCAUUGGGUCUCAAAGAAGGAGGUCCUCUGUUUGGAUUCACAAAAGCGAAUGAGCUGUUUGUGGGAAGAUUGGCUCAGCUUGGAAUUGCUUUCUCUUUAAUUGGAGAAAUCAUAACAGGGAAGGGAGCUUUAGCACAACUCAACAUAGAGACUGGAAUUCCUGUCAGUGAAAUUGAACCACUUGUCUUGUUCAACGUUCUCUUCUUCUUCGUUGCUGCUUUGAAUCCUGGAACUGGCAAGUUUGUAACCGAUGAAGAUGAAGAUGAGUAGAAGAUGAAUUUGAUAUAUGCUUGUAGAAAAAAAAAAAAAAAAAAAAAACACUGUCUUUGUAAUUUAUUCAACAAAAACACUCUUCACUCUUAAGAGUUGAAUCUCUUUCUUGUUUCUCUUGCUUGAUCGAAAUUCUUUUAAAGGGUUAAUUGAUUUGGGCUCAAGGCUCAAGCCAGAAUCCAGCCCAAACAACUUAAAGAAACACUGGCCCCAAAUAGUGGGAGGUUAUAGCAUGAAAUUGUUAUUUAAAUUCAAUUUGUUUGGUA